AUGGACAACUCGCACUUCUCCAAAAUGCUAAAGGAGUGCAAGAUCAUUGGCAAGAGCUUCACUUCGACGGACGCCGACCUGCUCUUCAGCAAGGUGAAGGCGAAGGAAGCGCGCAAGAUCAGCUUCACGGAGUUCAAGGAAAAGGCUAUUCCCGAGAUCGCAGCCAAGAUGAAGAAGACCCCUGCCGACAUCGAGGCCAUGAUAGCCAACGCGGCCCCCAAGUCCAGCGGCACCAAGGCCGACACGGUGCGUUUCCACGAUGAUAAAAGCACCUACACCGGUGCUGCGAAGCAGGGCGGCCCGACGAACGUGGACCGAAACGCCGGCUCGCUCGCGGGUGUCGUGGACCGUCGCCAGGAGACAAUUGACAACCGCGGCACCACUGCGAAACAGAUCUAA